AGCACUACCGACAUAAACUGGCAUUACAUUUCGACUGAGAUGACAAUAUUAACAGCAGGCUCUUGCACCUUGAUAUCAGCUUCAGCAGGAAACUCAAUACCUGCACUAGUUGGUUCCGCUGCUGGAGCAUUUGUUACUGGAGUUAAGCUAUGGGUUCACUCACAGCCUUUAAGUGUGGCACUUGGAACAGCAAUUGGAACUGGUAUGUCGUCCGGGGCUAUAGCUGGGGCAAUAGUUACUAAGACUUUUACGAGUGGUUUAACCGGAGCUAUUGUCGGAGGAUUGUCAUCAGCUGGUGUUGGAUCUGUGAUCGGAGGAUGUUUAGCUGCAGCAUCUGAAACAAUCACAUCUAGCCCCAUCGGACUGCUCACAGUUGGAACUUCGACUGAAGGGACCGACAUAACACAUGAUUGUUGGAAACAAAUCGUACACGAUUCUUCUUUAGAACCUUCUAAUGGAAUUUUGCUGAAAGAUUUGGUGUCACAUUCCAACGUUUUGAAUGUGAAAGUCACAUCGUAUGGUUUGCUGCCUCAUGUAGUCAUUCAAAAUACAUGGAAUGAGCAGUUUGAACUGGAAUAUGUAGUUCUUCAUGACUCAAUGAAACUCUUUUGUCACGUAAAUCCUUUCUAACUAAUUUAUCGUUUUGUAUAGACAAUCUAGAUGGUGAAAUUUGAAUGCAUUGAAUGAAGAUAACAUACAGUAAAG